CGUAUUUUUCGCCGUGACUUUGCCUUGCAUUCAGUGUACUCUCAGCUCACGUAACUGUUGUCUGUGACUAUUGUGACGUGUUGAAAAUUGUGUGCAAUACACAUAAUGGCUGCUGUAGCUGCUAAGAAAAAAUGCCGCCAAUAUUCUCAGAAAUACUUGCAGUACGGAUUCAUUACUGCAUUAACCAAUGAAACCAUGCCAUUGUGUCUCUUGUGUGAAAAGACUUUCAGUAAUGAUGCCAUGAAGCCUUCAAAGAUGAAGGACCACCUUGAAAGGGUUCACUCUGACAAAAAAAACAAAGACCUUGACUAUUUCAAGACACUGAAAGAAGAACUCAUGGGUCGAUCAAAUAUCAAGACCUUCUUCAAAGCACCCGCCAGUGGUGAUACUGAAGGAGGUUUAAAAGCCUCGUACAACAUCUCCCUCAUGAUAGCAAAAAAGGGAAAAGCACACAACGUUGGCGAGGAAAUCAUAAUCCCAGCCAUUAAAGAAGUUAUAGAAACUGUCAUUAAGAUAGAUUCGAACUCUGUUUUGAAAAAUUUACCCUUAAGUAACAGUACGGUGCAAAGAAGAAUUGAUGAAAUGGCUGAUAAUGUGGAAAAAACUUUGGCAUCUGAACUUCAGGAUAGAAAAUUAUCUCUACAACUUGAUGAAUCUACUUUUGGCACCACUAAUCUUCUCAUGGCCUAUGUGAGGUAUUACAGUCGCAGUCAAAAGAACAUUAUUGAUGAAUUUUUGUUUGCUAAAUAUCUCACCGCUGAUGAAAAAGUGGCUACUGAUGGUGCACCAGCAAUGGUUGGCCGGUACAGAGGAUUUGCAAACCUACUCAAGAAAAAAGUGCCUGACGUACGUACAGUACACUGUGUAUUGCACAGGCAACAUCUUGUAGCCAAGGAACUCAGUGGUGAACUGCAUGAUGCCUUGAAAGUGUGCAUCAGGGCAAUUAACAAAAUCAAGGCACAUCCACUUAACUCACGAUUGUUUGCUCUGCUGUGUGAAGAAAAUGAUGACGUGUUUAACCAAUUACUCCUGCACACUGACGUAAGGUGGCUAUCAAGGGGUCACAGCCUGCAAAGACUUGUUGACUUGUACAACGCAGCUGUUCAGAUCGCAGACGUGGACUCAUCUAUUUGUGAAGGGUUGGAAAAGUGCAAAAAUGCCUUGUUCUACUUGGCAGAUCUCUAUUCUAAAUUUGAUGAGACACACAAACGUCUGCAGGGUAAGGAUAUUACCAUCAUUCAGGCCAGGACAAUUCUACUGGGAUUCCAAGGCAAGCUAAACUUGUUUAGAACUUCCCUGGCACGUAGAGAUUUUCAGUAUUUUUCAAACUUAAAAGAGAUACCAAGCGAAAAAAUUUCUGAUGGUGACCUAGAAACAUACAUGACUCAUCUGGAGAAUUUGAUUGAAGACUUUAAAGUGCGUUUUGAUGACCUGGCAAAAAUGAAGGUGCCUGAAUGGAUCUUAACACCGUUCGAUGUUGAAAUAGAGAGUGCAGACAUUCCAGUACACAUGAAGGAAGAAUUCAUUGAUAUGACUGUGGACCUGGAAGCAAGUGCCUUGUUCAGAAGAAAAGGUUUCCGAGAAUUCUGGAUCAACGAGAACAACGUUGCUAAAUAUCCUCAGCUUUGUGCAGUGAUUGAGCCAUUUUUACUUGGUUUCCCAAGCAUCUGCAUGGUUGAGGCUGGUUUCAGUCAUGCAAACGCAGUCUUAACAAAAAAGAGGAACAGAUUGAGCUUGGAAGAACGAGGCGACCUACGACUGAAGCUCACCAACCUGCAACCUAAAAUUAGCGCCCUUAUUGAGGCACAUCAGGCACAUCCAUCAACAGUAAAAAGAGAAAAGGUAUGUUCUACUGAGAAUUAA